AUGACACCCUGCCGGUUUCUGUGUGGAGUGGCAGGUCUCCUGAAGCGGAUAUUGUCACAGGAAUGUCACUUUGAGAAGUUCCGCAGAUUUGGAAGUUCUUAUAUUGCAGCUUCAUAUGUGAAGUUUUUGGAAUCUGCCGGUGCCCGAGUUGUGCCAAUAAGAUUAAAUCUUUCAGAUGAAGAAUAUGAUAAAAUAUUCCACUCUAUUAAUGGGGUACUUUUUCCAGGAGGUGGUGUGGAUCUUAAGACUUCAGAAUAUUCCAGGGUUGCUAAGAUAUUUUACCGCAAGGCAUUAGAGGCUAACGAUAAAGGAGAUUAUUUCCCAGUAUGGGGAACAUGUCUUGGACACGAAGAGCUUACGUAUCUCACAAGUGGCAAAGUUUUACUUGUUAAUACCAAGACAGAUGGUUUUGCACUCCCUCUGAACUUUACCUCAGCUGCAAAAGACAGUAGAUUAUUCAAGAAUUUCCCUGAUGAUGUAUUACAUGCAUUUGCUACUGAGCCGUUGACAUCAAACUUUCAUAUGUGGAGCCUCUCCAUGGAGAAUUUCACAAAGAAUGAAGAGCUUCGUAAUUUCUAUAAAGUUCUGACUACUAACACCGAUAACAAAGUGGAGUUUAUAUCUACCAUGGAAGCAUACGAAUAUCCAAUUUAUGGCGUUCAGUGGCAUCCAGAGAAAAGUCCUUAUGAGUGGAAGAAUUCACCAGGCAUUCCACAUUCCCCAUCAGCUGUAAGAGCAGCAUAUUAUAUAGCUGACUUCUUCAUUAAUGAAGCCCGGAAGAGCCUGCACCAUUUCCCCAGUGAAGAUGAGGAAAGAAAAGAAUUGAUUUAUAAUUAUACUCCAAUUUAUACAGGAGCAUUUUCUUCAUUUCAGCAAACCUAUUUUUUUGAUUGAGUAUCGUGUCAAAGGUGCAGUGUUGCUAUUUAUAAAUGGAAUUAUUUGCCAGCAUUGCGUAAUUAAACUGAUACAGUGCAUUGCACGUGACAGAAAGACAGAACAGUUCUGUUCCUUUACAAUGAUUUAUCCUAUGUUUCUUCUGCACUGUUGGACUGUUAAUAUAAAAAUUUACAUUCAAUAACAUAAUAAUUGUCUUGGAUCACACUUUAAGGCAAGCUACAGAAAAAUGCAUUUUUCUUCCAGGGAAGAGGUCUUGAUUAUGCUUAUAAACUUGGAAGUAAUCACUUUAGUACAAGGAAAAAAACUGUAGUCAUAUAUUUUAAAAUGAGAGUUGUCUGUGUAAAAUGUUGUGGACUAUGAUAGCACUAGAGGCUUAGAUACAUUGCUUAGUAAAAUCCUAUCCUUUUCAAAUGAUUUAACAAAUGAGACUCUUGGGUUUGUCGUAACUAUGUGUAUGUAACCAAGUUCUUGACAGGGACUGUUUUGUCAUUUGAAAAAUUGACCAAAAUAGUAAGGAGGCAUGAUAGCAAAGAGACAUUUUGGCCUAAAAAGCAUGUGAUAUAUCCCAUUUGUGAAACUGUUUCUCUUGUACAUUCAGUGUUGUUUGGAGUGCUUAUACCUUGUGAGGUCUACAUAAAUAUGAGGAUGCAGUGUAAACUAGGCAUUGCAAAUAUCAGGUAAAAUAAGUAAGUUUGGAGGGCAUAGUUAAGUGCUGAUUCCACUUUCUGUUCUUUUCAAAUUCAGUUUUAUAUAUCCUCCAAGAGUUUGUCUGAGAGUUACUGGAGUCAGCAGUCAGAUACGGAUGCAGAUGUCCCUUUCUUUGUAUUUAAAAAAAACGUAAACCUAAUUUUUUCUUUACGUAGUCUGACUUUUCCUGUAGCUACUGGAUAGAAUUCUCACUUCCAGUCAA